UAGACUCUUUACUUUUCUCUCACACACGGUCACACACAUGGGAGAGAGAAAAAUGGAGGACACCCAGCAAAAGCCUCAUGCCAUUGUGAUGGCAUACCCUCUUCAAGGACAUGUAAGCCCAGCCGUUGAUUUGGCCAUGAAGCUUGCAUCAAAGGGCUUCACCAUCACCUUCAUCAACACCCAAUCAAUCGACUACCAGAUAACCAAAGGGCGCCAACCACGCGCAGCCGGAAAUGACAUAUUCGCCGGAGCACGUGAAUCUGGUCUCGACAUACGUUACGCCACCGUCAGCGACGGUUUUCCGGUGGGGUUGGACUUCAACUUGGAGCAGUUUGUGGAGUCUCAGCUCCAUCUCAUAGGGGGGUAUGUGGAUGAACUGGUUGGAAAGAUAGUCCGGACGGCGGAUCCACCGGUGUCUUGCUUGGUCGGCGACACGUUCCAUGCGUGGACUUCCACGAUUGCCAAAAAGUAUGAGCUGGUUAAUGUUUCUUUCUGGACUCAACCUGCUUUGGUAUUCAAUCUCUACUAUCACUUGGACCUUCUAAAGAUAAAUGGUCAUUUUGCUUCUAGCUGUAAUCGCAAGGAUACAAUAGAUUAUAUACCUGGGAUAAAGGCUAUUGAGCCAAGAGACUUGACGUCAUAUCUGCAAGAGACCGACGUAACAACUUGGGCCCACGAGAUUGUCUACAAGGCCUUUGAUAACGUCAUGGGAGCAGAUUUUAUCCUCCACAACACCGUGCAAGAGCUGGAAUCUGAAACAAUCUCAGCCCUACAUCAAAAGAAGCCCUCUUUCGCAAUUGGGCCCGUUUUCCCUUCUGGCUUCACCAAGAGCAUUGUCACCACGAGCCUCUGGUCUGAGUCAGACUGCACCCAAUGGCUUGACACUAAGCCCUCUAGUUCAGUUUUGUAUGUCUCUUUCGGCAGCUUGGCCCAACUUAGUGAAGACAACAUAAUGGAGAUUGCCCAUGGGCUUUGGCUCAGUGGAGUGAGUUUUAUUUGGGUGCUUCGCCGGGACAUGGUAAGUUACGAGGAGACAUAUUCCUUACCCGUUGGAUUUGAAGAUGGUGUUAAGGAUAGAGGGUUGAUCGUGACGUGGUGCUCUCAGAUUGGAGUUAUCUCGCAUCCCUCGGUGGGAGGGUUUGUAACUCAUUGUGGUUGGAAUUCAGUGUUGGAGGGUAUAUGGUGUUCUCUUCCAUUGCUUUGUUUUCCUUUCUUUGCUGAUCAAACCACUAAUCGAAAAUUAGUGGUGGAUGAUUGGAAGAUAGGAAUCAAUCUAUGUGAUGAGAAGUCAAUCACUAGGGAAGAAGUUGCGGACAAGAUCAACCGUCUGAUGAGUGGAAAAUCAGGUGAUGAAUUGAGAUGUGAGACCAAGAAGGUUAAAAGAACAUUGGAAAAUGCAAUUGCGACCGAUGGAUCAUCGGAGAAAAAUUUUAAUCAGUUCAUCAAAGAUCUUGAAGUCAAAAUUCACAAAGCAAAGGGUCUUGCAGCUGCAUCCUCACAACCCCAUGAGGAUAUAUCAAACAUUGAUCAAUAAAUUUGGUCGAUUUUUAUUAUUAUCUUAAAUAAAUUUGGUCAAUUUUUAUUUCU